UGAUGGCAGCAGCAGCCGUUCUUCUCUGCCGCUCAGCACGGUCAUCAAUGGAAAUGCUGAAGGAGGUGAACUGAACGCUACUGUGACAGCAAACACCAAAAUGGUGCCAGUCGGGGGCAGUGUGACACUGACCUGCAAUGUGAACCACUCUGCUGACUUAGAAUAUGAGUGGUUCAGACAAACCUCUAAAAACUCUGAGAAGACCACAGUAGCUGGUGAAUCAGACAGAGUACUCGUGACCUCUGAAGCUGGCUUCUACACCUGCAGAGCACGUGUUAAAGAAAGUGACUCAGUCAUCAUUCAUGAAACUGUGGUGCUGAAACCCAGGAGGGGUGAACGGCAGACCCAGGGCCCGGCCAACCAGGAAAGCCGCUGGUCCAAAUGGUGGCCGAGCCCGCGGCCAUGCAACAGGAGCAGGUGGCGGUGUCACGCUGGCGGCAGGAAAAAGCAUCUGGGCCGGACUGUGCGUCAGGUGGAGGUGUUCGAGGAUCUGGGAGCUCCGAUCCAGAUCUGGCCGCCGCUGCUGCCGCCGCUGCCGCCGCUGCCGCUGCCGCCGCCGCUGCCGCCGCUGCUGCCGCCGCCGCCACAUUACAUUCCCAUUAGGCCCACUGUGAUCCUGCUACACACCUGGCCUCAGAUAUACAGCGGUGAGACAGUCACUGUCAGAUGUUUAAUUCAAGGAGGUGAAGGAGCUCAGUAUGAAUGGAGUCCAGCCAAGUUAAACACACCUCUAACAUCCAAUGAAUACACAAGCAUCACAGUUACUGAGUCUGACAGUGGAGGAUACAGCUGCCGGGGCAUAUGGGACAAUUCCUUCACAGAGUGGAGUGAAGUCAUCACACUGACUUUAUUAAAUAAACCAAAGGCCAAACUGAGAGCUGAUAACACAGCUGUUCCAGUAGGGGGCAGUGUGACCCUGACCUGCUCUGUGAACCCAUCAUCAUCAUCUGGAUGGAAAUACUACUGGUACAGAGACGGGAAAAGUUCUGACCUUGUGACUUCAGGAGAUGCUGUUUUUCUAUCAAAUAACCAAGUCAGUGUCUCAGAGGGAGGAGGCUACUGGUGCAGAGGAGGAAGAGGAAACCCAGUUUACUACACAGAGUGGAGCCAGUCAGUCAGGAUUGACACAACUGUGUCAAACAGGCCUGUUGUGACUCUGUAUCCAAACUGGUCUGAGAUAUACAGAGGAGAGACGAUCACUGUCAGAUGUGAGAUCCAUGGAGGAGACACUGAGUGGGAUUAUGAGUGGGAAACAAACAGCACCAUAAAACCUCCAAAUCAAACUGAAUACAGGAUUAGAUCUGCUUCAUCAUCCAACAGUGGAAACUAUCGCUGUAAGGGCAGAAUGAAAAGUUCACAGCAUCAAACAACAGAGUGGAGUGAUUCAGUCACACUGACAGUUUCAACAAGUAAACCCAGAGCCACACUGACAAGGUGGAAAUGA